CCGCUCCAUUCAAACACCGAGUGCGUCUCUGCUGCGGAGCGUUGCGCGCAGGCUGGAGAGAGAUGACAAGAGCCCCGCGGAACUGGCCAGACAAACAUGGAUCUCCGUAAAACGCUGAUUUCGGUGCUUUGGAUAUUAUUGCUGAACCUAGAAGAAGACUGUCACGCCGAGGAAGUGGUGCUGCUGAAUUCUAAAGAGACUCAGGCGGAGCUGGGCUGGACGUCCUAUCCCCCCAAUGGAUGGGAGGAGAUCAGCGGUGUAGAUGAGAAGUACAAGCCUAUCCGGACGUACCAGGUGUGCAACGUGAUGGAGCCCACGCAGCAGAACAACUGGCUGCAGACCGGCUGGGUGGCGCGCCGAGGUGGCCAGCGCAUUUUCGUGGAGCUCCAGUUCACACUGCGUGACUGCAACAGCAUCCCGGGCGUGGCGGGCACAUGCAAGGAGACCUUCAACCUCCUCUACGUCGAAACUGACAGGGACCUGGGAGGUGUGACCAGAGAGGACCGCUACACCAAGAUCGACACCAUUGCUGCUGACGAGAGCUUCACGCAGGGCGACCUGGGCGAGAGAAAGAUGAAGCUGAACACGGAGGUGCGUGAGAUCGGCCACCUCAACCGCAAGGGCUUCCACCUGGCGUUCCAGGACGUCGGCGCCUGCGUGGCCCUCGUCGCCGUGCGGGUGUACUACAAACGCUGCCUGGCGACCGUUCAGAACCUGGCGGUGUUCCCCGACACGGUGGCUGAGGCGGCCUUCGCCACGCUGGUUGAGGUGCGCGGCACCUGCGUCAACAACUCUGAGGUUGACGCUGACAGCCCUCCCAGGAUGCAUUGCAGCGCCGAGGGGGAAUGGUUGGUGCCCAUUGGGAAGUGCAGCUGCAGCGCCGGGUACGAGGAGGGACACAGCAGCUGUGAAGCGUGUCCCCGUGGCUCCUACAAGAUGUCCUCCAGGCAGCAGGAGUGUUUUCCCUGCCCAGCCAACAGUGUUGCAGAGGAGGAAGGAUCUGUGGUGUGUGUGUGUGAGGAGGACCACUUCAGAACCCCCCUGGACACACCAUCAGCACCAUGCACAAGGCCCCCCUCCCCGCCCAGAGACUUGGUGUACACCCUGAAGCAGUCCACGCUCAUCUUGGAGUGGGCUGCACCGUCCGACACAGGCGGCAGGGUGGAUCUGACCUACAGCGUGGGGUGCCGGAGGUGCGUCGUGAGGCAGUGCGAGCCGUGCGGUGCCAGCGUCGGCUUCGUGCCUCAGCAGGUCGGCCUGACGGAGAGAACGGUGACCGUGGUCAAUCUCCUCCCCAACACCAACUACACGUUCACCGUUGAAGCCUUGAACGGAGUGUCUGAGCUGCUGCCCAACAAGAGGUUCUACACACAGGUCAACGUGUCUACAAGCCUACCUGCACCAUCUCUGAUCAGUGAGCUGCGAGCGGAGAAGAUCGAGCAGAAGAGCAUAACCUUGGUGUGGAGGGAGCCUUCCUACCCGAACAGCAGCCGCACCGAGUAUGAGGUCAAAUACUAUGAGAAGGAACAAAAGGAUCAGAGUUAUUCUACUGUGAAGACAGCCGCCACACGGAUCAGUGUCAACAACCUCAAACCUGGCACCACAUAUGUCUUCCUCAUCCGCCCUUUCUCCACGCCGGCCCCCUCCUCAUCCCUGUCUUCCUCCCCUCUGUCUUCCUCCUCAUCAUCCGCUGCCUCCCCCUCCUCCUCGUCCUCCUCGACUUCUUCUUCAUCGUCCUCCUCUUCGUCGUCCUCCUCCUCCUCUCCGCCACCCAUCGACUAUGGAGCGUACAGCACUCCCCUGGAGCUGCAGACACUUGGCGAGUUGGCUCUGGCAUCCAGCGAACAGAGUCCCGUGGUGAUCAUCGUUGUCGUGUCCGUGGCCGCCCUGAUCAUGCUGCUCUCUAUGGGAGUCGGCCUGCUCAUCUGGAGGAGCAGCGUCUGCUCGAGCUCCUCCAAUGUAACUCCUGCUAGCGUGGUGCUGCUUUCGACCUCCUUCUCCACUCUUCCUCCUCCUCCUCCUCUUCUUUCUCCUCUUCCUCCCUUCACACAGCUGAUGCCCAGACAAUGCGGCUACAGCAAAGCUUCUCAAGAGGGGGACGAGGAACUUUACUUCCAGUUUAAGAUCCCGACACGCAGGACCUACAUUGACCCAGAGACCUGCGAGGACCUGCUGCAGGCAGUGCACGCCUUUGCCAAGGAGCUGGACAACUCGAGCAUCAAGAUAGAGAGAAUUGUGCACACAGGCGACUUCGGGGAGGUGUGUCGCGGCUGCCUGAAGCUGCCCAGUAAGAGAGAGCUACCGGUGGCCAUUAAGACGUUAAGGGCCGGCUGCUCUGACAAACAGCGCCGGUCCUUUCUCAGCGAGGCCGGCAUCCUUGGGCAGUUCGACCACGCCAACAUCAUCCGGCUGGAGGGCGUCAUCACCACGGGUAACACCAUGAUGAUCAUAGUGGAGAGCAUGUCUAACGGAUCCUUGGAUUCCUUCCUUAGGAAACAUGAAGGCCAGCUGAGUGUAAUGCAGCUGAUGGAUAUGCUGACUGGUGUGGCAUCGGGGAUGAAGUACCUCACUGAAAUGGGCUUCAUCCACAAACGGCUGGCCGCACACAAGGUGCUGGUUAAUGCCAACCUGAGCUGCAAGGUAUCCGGCUUCAGACCUCUUCAGGAGGACAAGAUAGAGGCCAUCUACACCACACUGCACGGAGGGAAGAGCGUGGUGCUGUGGACCGCUCCGGAGGCCAUCCAGUACCACCGCUUCUCCUCGGCCUCAGAUGUCUGGAGCUUCGGCAUUGUCAUGUGGGAGGUCAUGUCCUAUGGAGAGAGACCCUACUGGGAUAUGGGCAACCAGGAUGUGAUCAAGGCCAUCGAGGAUGGUUUCAGGCUGCCGGCUCCAGUUAACUGCCCUACACAUCUCCAUCAGCUGAUGCUGGACUGCUGGCAGAAGGAGAGGACAGAGAGGCCCAGCUUCAGCCAGAUCCACUCAGCCCUCAGCAAGAGCAUCCGCUCCCCCGAUGGCAUCGGUUCCUCCACACUGGCACGCAGAACCCUGAGUUCAUCCAUUACACUAGCAGAGAGGCCUCUGCCCUCCUUCCCGUCCUUUAACUCAGUGGGAGAGUGGCUGGACGCGGUGGACAUGGGCAGAUACAAGGACAACUUCACUGCUGCAGGAUACUGCUACUUGGAGUCUGUGGCACGAAUGACUGUACAAGAUGUACUGAGCCUCGGCAUCACUUCCCUUGAGCACCAGAAGCUGAUACUGGCUGCCAUCCAGACCCUCAGAGCCCAGGUCAUCCAAAUGCACGGCCGCGGUGUGCAGGUCUAACAAACAGCCGACGCGCCUCCUCUCACACUGCUGCUGCAGACCCUUUACGUGUGUGCAGAUGAUUGAUGGGGUGAAGGAGAAGAGGAGGAGAAAGAAAGAGAGAGCUCUUCCAAACUGAAGGAAAGACGAGCAGAUCUAUCUACUCCUCCUUCCCACGCGUCCUCAUGCCUUCCUUGAUUCCUUCCUUCCUUUUUUCUAUGAAUGAAAGCCCUCGGAGACGAGCGGCGUUCCUGUUGCAGAGGAGUGAUGUCACCUGACUUUUUCUUUGUGACCUCCAUCUGCACUUCAAUAACUGGUUCUGGAUCAGUGCAUAAAAGACAAAAGAAAUAUUGUCUCUAGCAGAUAGGCUGACCUCUGAGCUGCACACUACGCUGCAAACAGACUAUUGCUCAAAGAAACAUUUCCUUUUUGGGUGGAAUUUCCCUUUACCACAACAUCAAUUCACAAAAAAAAACAAUAUGUCGUCAAAGCCGGGAACUAUUUUACUGGCCUCUGCUCGAAUGACUCUCCCCUCACAUCAAACAGGAACUGAUUCACUGCGCGGAUACAGAAUCUUAUCAUUGUUCGUCAGGCUGCAGAGGGACAUUUCUGAAGAUUAAACAUGGCUGCAGUAGCUUCAAAAGACUGUGCUGUCCCAUGUUAACGGUCCAGUAAGAGAGGUUUAAUGGACAGGGCUAGCAUACAGUAGAGUCCUAUUUACAGUUUAUAAAGUGUGCUGAUGAGAUGAACACAGCUACGGUAGGUUAUAAGUGACGUACUGUAUUUCAGGAACGGCAACCUGCUUUUUCUUUUCUUUGGGGGCUACUGAUGGUUGAACAAAAGCUGCAGGAUACAAUUGUAAAGGUUGAAAAAGUGUGUUUGAUUGUGCAUUAAUUUGGUGUGUGUCGCUGUCUGUCUUGCUUCUUUAUUUACUUUGUUUUCUUUGUGCAUUUUAAACCUCUAAAUUUCCCUUCCUUUCGCCUGCUGGAUGUCAUCUCAUAAUCCUCCUCUCCAAAGCCUCUCUCACCACCAUGUUUAAUACUCUGUAUAGAGCGCGGGGGCCAACUCUGGAAGGUGGCCCGUUUCAGAUAUUUAUCCAUAUUUAUUUAUGUUUACAGACUGUAACACCAACCUCUGCAGAAAAGAGGGAAGGAGGGUUUAUUUAACUUAUAUUAUUAUUAGAAAAAAAAAAGAUGUUAAGCAACACAGUUGUGUCCUCUUGUUUCGUUGAUUUAUUAUACAGUUUAUACCUGAACAAAUGAGAGGAACACUGGAGGGUUUUUACUGUCAGCACACAGUAUCUGUGUAUUCUUGAACACUGGAGUUAAAUUUAGGUCCAUUAUCAUUGGAUUUGCUGUUACAGUGUGUGUGUUGCAGAAUGGAUACAGUAUUUCAGAAUGUCGUAUGGAUUUGUUUUCUUUCUAUCUGUUGGAUUAUGUUAAAUUUUAUGUUGCUGUUAAUAUCAUGCUCUGCCAUACUACGUGGUUGCACUUUUUUCCCAGAAUUCCCUCUGUACAGCGAUCUGCCCCUCGCCUUUUCUGUAGUAUUUCCAUACAGGAGACCUGGAGGAUGUUUAUCAGGGCAUUAUUUGCUUGUCAUACAUUUUCACAAUAGAGGGUACAUACAUUUUUUUAUGACUGGAAUAUUGUAACUGGUUUGUAUUUGGUACAAAAUUAGUUUUUUGUUCUUUCUCUGUGUACUCUCAUUAUCUCUCUGUAACUGUUUAGUCAAAUUAAAUGAACUCAUAAGUCCUUAUAGAUGUUAACACGCACAUGUUAACAUAUCUGAGAAACACUCUGAUGGUCCCUUUGACACACACACACACACACACACACACACAGACACACAAGACUACAAAGAUACACACACGACAAACUGGACCUCGUCACCACAAUGAAUGAAACUCAACUAUUUUUCCCCUUCUCUACCCCCCCUCCCUUUCUCUGUUACUGUGACCAUUAUGAUAUAUGUUUAAUACUGUAAAUAUGUAUUUGAAAAUGCUAAAUCUAUUUUUAUAAUUUGUUUGAAGAACAAUGUGUUGAAUAUAAUAUCUGCUCACUGUGUAAGGGUUUUAUUUGUUUGAAUUUAGGGCCAUAGCCAAGAAACUCUGGUGUUUGGAAUAUAAAACUGAAAAAAAAAAGUUUCUUUUUUCGUUAAUUUUUUGAUGAUUUUUACCUGUUAGAAGAAAAUCUGAUGGCUGUUGCAAUAUUGAAACGUGUUAUUAAAAAAUCUCCAAUACAAGCAAA